AUGGAGGCGAUCGACGACAUUCUGGAUUGCCAUUCAGGAGAAUUGCAGCGCAUUAACAUAAAAAAGGUGUUGAAGGAGGUGUUGAAGAACAGCAGUUCCAGUGUCAUCCCCAAGAAAGACAUUGAGGCGCAUCAGUUACUUCGGAAGUGUUUACGCGAUGAAGUUUGCUCUUUCCGGUAUUUCAUCAACAUCCUGCUCGACAGAGGCCAUGAGAGUCUUGCUACCACACUGGAAAAAGGUGGGUUUGGGAUCGGAUGGAUGUCCCCUAAGACGCAUUUCCACCAGUUCACCAGUUGGAGUGAAGUCCGCCUGGUUAAUAGUCCUCCCGCGGGAACAUCCACUCUCGCUCGAGACACACAUGCGCCAGGUGAAUUCCACCGGCUGGGACAUCAGUCCAGUUCAAAACCAUCUCCUGUCCAUCUGAUAAGGAAUGAUGAAAUCCUCAACUUCAGGGACCCAUUGAUGGGGAGAAAAGAAUUGCACGAGGAGUUGAAAAGGCAAAGCAGUCAGACGAGGGGAGAACAGGACUUCCCAAUUUAUCGUCUUCCAUUCCGGUCGAUCACAGCAAAAGAUCAAUACAGAUUGGGUGAAGAUGAAGGCGAACUGUGUCUGACUGUCCUACUACUCGGUUUAAUUGGAUCAGGGAAGUCGAUGCUGAUGGAGGUGCUGGGGAAUUACGGGCUGGGAGUGGAUUUCCUGGAUCGCUAUCGAUUCCAGGUGAAAGAGGACGGACCCACAGAAAAAAUCAUAUCCCACACCUUUUUCACCAGGGAUAAGAGCAGGUUCCCUCGUCCAGUCACCUUCAUCGACACGCCGGGUUUCCAAAGGGGGAAGCCAGAGAUGGACCAGAAGUUAGUGGAAGACAUCCGCGCUUACAUCUGCUCCAAGCACGAGCAGGGCAUCCACGCCAUCAUUUAUGUCGUCCCCGGCUCUCAGGGAAGAUUGACAGCUGAACAAAAAAUGGUGUUGAGAACCAUGGCACAAAUCUUGGGAGAGGAAACUGACGAGAUCUCGUAUUUGUUUUGUACAUUCGCGGACAGCAAACGUCUCCCUGUCCUUGAAUCAGUGAAAGAGGCCGGAUUCAGAUGCAAGAUCCAUUUCCCCGUGAACAGUUCCUCCUACUUUGCCAAAGAUAAAGUAGAGGAGAUGGACGAGUCUUCCAGCGACGAGAGCAAUAAUUACCCUGAAGAAGGAGCGAAAGCUGGAUCCAUUGACCAAUUGCUGUGGAAUAUGACAACUGACGGCAUUUGUAAAUUUAUCGAGGACAUUCAGAGGAAUAAGCCAGUCUCCAUACAACCACCACCAGGUCCACCAGGUGGUGGAGAGAAAGAAAGACCAUGUAAUCAGGCCGUUAAAACAGGAAAACCCGAUAAUAAUUCAGGUCAAAACAAGAUACCGGAUCACCAAAAGGAAAUUAACUCGACAAGAAUAAGAAAUGAGGUCAACAACGGACCUCCAAGUAAAAGAGAACCUUCUGUGAAUAAUCAAGAAAAUGUAAAGGCCAAGAAAGAGAGAAGACCUGACAACGGUCGAGAAUUGAGUGCUGAUAAGGAGGUGGCAUCCUCCGGUACGGAAAGGACAAUACAGAAGGAGCAAGGGUCUUGUGAUGGGCACAAUGCUCAAAGCAAUAAAGAAGCGAAGAAAAAUGAUAAGAAAAACUCCUUCAGAGGGAAACGCAUAUCGAAGGUGGACACGGGGCCUGAAAACUCCGGAACGACGCAGAAAAUGGAAGGAACCUAUGGAAGGAGCUGCUACCGCUGGAUGUUGAAAAUCUUCAGGUUUGAAGUCAUGUUGUUUCGAGUGGUGGGUGUUGGUCAUGCUCCUCCCUUAUGCAAGUUUGCUCGCCUGGGAAUGGUAUCCUUGCCUCCAAAUUGGCUGGGACAGCUCUCAAAGACGACAGCCACCUAAUAUCACGGCUAUGGUUUAUAAUGGAACUUCUAGUAUAGUUGAACAUUUUAAUUGGAUUCAAAACUUCUUCUGCAACUAUUUCCAGGAGGUAAUACAUACAUAUAGAGCAAAGGAUGAGAAUAUUGAAGGAAAUGCGGAUGGACAGGACCGAUGACCCUUUACUGCAUCUCUAGGACUCCAUCUCUAGGAAAAAGGAAAACUUCAAGCAUAAAUUGCAAUUAUUAUUUAAUUAUCUCGAUUGCAAGGGUUUUGCAUCGUUUUUUAAAAUGGCAC